AUGAGCUCCAUGAGCUCCAUGAGCAACAUGGACUCCUCUUCCGGAUCCGGCAUGUCGAUGGUCUUCACCAACACACACAGCACACCUUUGUUUUCCUCUGCAUGGGCGCCCUCCUCAUCAGGGACCUAUGCGGGCACGUGUAUCUUCCUGAUUGUGCUGGCCAUUAUCGACCGUUGCCUCAUCGCCUUCAAGGCUACUUUGGAACGCCACUGGCUGGCCUCUCACCUUGAGCGCCGCUACGUCGCCAUCGCAGGCAAGACUACAGAAGCUGGGCGUAUAGACUCAGAUCCAGAUGCUAAGAUGGCCUCCCUUGUUACAGCUCAAGGUGUGGAGGAGUCAGUCAAAAUCGUGCAUAACGUCUCCGAGGGACCGAUUCCCUGGCGCUUUAGCGUUGACUUGCCGCGAGCAUUGAUGUUUCUUUGCAUUGCUGGUGUAUCCUAUCUACUCAUGUUGGCCGUCAUGACGAUGAACAUCGGCUACUUUUGCUCCGUUCUUGCGGGCGCCUUCAUAGGCGAACUGGCGGUUGGCCGAUAUAUUCAGACAUUCGAGCACGGCCAUUGA